AUGCUCAUUUUCUCUGUGUUCAAGACCCUCACAGACCAACAGGUCAUCGUGGAGCUGAAGAACGACCUCUCUAUCACUGGCGUGUUGAAAUCCGUCGAUCAAUUCCUGAAUAUUCGACUCGACAAUAUCAAAGUCUUGGAUGAAGCAAGGCAUCCCCACAUGAUGGCCGUCAAAAACUGCUUCAUUCGUGGAUCUGUGGUCAGAUAUGUACAAUUGCCCGCAGAGCAUGUAGACACCCAGUUGUUGGAGGACGCAACACGUCGAGAGGCGCAGAAUCCAAACAAACGGUGA